CUCUUUCUUCUCCACUCUUCUUUCCAACCAUGUUCUUCGGAGGGGAUCCGUUUGAAGACUUUGCAGGGAUGGGCUCUCGUCGUGGAGGCGCUGAUGUUGAUACUCAAAAAUAUUACGAUGUUUUGGGCGUCUCAAAGGACGCUACUACUGCUGAGAUCAAGAAGGCGUUCCGCAAGCUAGCGAUAAAGCAUCAUCCUGAUAAAGGAGGUGAUGCUGAUGCGUUCAAGGAGAUGACCAGAGCUUAUGAGGUGCUCAGUGAUGAGGAAAAACGGCAGAGAUAUGAUCGAUUCGGCGAAGACGGUGUUGACCAGGAAGGCCCAAGUGGUGGCGGUAUGGAUAUGUUCGAUAUGAUGUUUGGUGGCGGUGGAAAUCGUAGUCGUAGAGGAAAGCGGAAGGGCGAAGAUAUCAGCCACGUGCUGGAAGUAUCCCUAUCGCAGUUCUAUAAUGGAGCUACUCGGAAGCUCGCAAUAAACCGUGUUGUUAUUGAUCGCUCUGUCCCGGUGAAGACAUGCAAUGCUUGUGAUGGUGAAGGAGUUGUUAUUAAAGUCGUCCGGAUGGGCCCUAUGAUUCAACGGGUUCGACAGGCUUGUCCGCAGUGUAACGGUCAGGGACAGAGUUUCAAGACGAAGAAAAGUAAAGAGAUUAUCGAAGUACAUAUUCAGAAGGGAAUGAAAGAUGGUCAACAGAUCCCCUUCAGAGGAAUGGCUGAUGAGAGUGACCCUUCGGAAGAGCCUGGUGACUUUAUAGUCGUGUUGAAGCAGAAGGCAUCUCAGAAUGAUGCUUCUGCACAUGGGUUCACAAGGAAAGGUAACGACUUGUACCUGCGAAAGUCCAUCACUUUGUUGGAGGCCCUUACUGGUUACACGACGGUGAUUGAACAUAUGGAUGGACGAAAGCUGAUCGUUAAGUCCAAGAAGGGCGAAGUUAUCAAGCCUGUUGAUAUGACUGCUGAAAGGCAUCUUUUGAAGUGCGUCAAGGGCGAGGGAAUGCCCAGUUUGCAAAAUCAAUUCGUGUGUGGAAAUCUCUUUAUCAUUCUUGAUAUUGUAUUCCCGAACGAGAUGAAGGAAAAGGCCUGUAAGGAGUUGGCGAAGAUUUUGCCGCACCCGAAAGAUGCUCCUAAGAUUACCUCGAAAAUGGACAAGGAAUAUGAGCAUCAUCAGCUAGUUGAUAUGGACCCUGCGGAGAGUUUGAGAGCUCAGCAGUUCGGCGGCUCGAGAGAGGCUUAUGAUGAAGAUGAUGAUGAUAACGAAGGCUUCCCGGGGGCUCAGAGAGUUCAGUGUGCCCAGCAGUAGUUGUGUAAAUAUGUAUAGUCGCUUAUACUGCUUAUUGGCUUUUUACUCCACGUUACUUCUACUUCUUCCCCUUCCACUCU